UAGAUCGUUACGAUUGUACUCGCUCGCUGAAGGAAAAACUCAAACUCAAGAAGAAAUGGCUCGUACAAAGCAAACCGCUCGUAAAUCAACUGGUGGAAAAGCACCAAGAAAGACCUUGGCAACAAAAGCUGCUCGUAAGAGUGCCCCAGCUACUGGUGGUGUGAAGAAACCUCACAGAUACAGGCCAGGAACUGUCGCUCUUCGAGAAAUUCGUCGUUAUCAGAAAUCCACCGAGCUUCUGAUCCGCAAGCUGCCUUUCCAACGUUUGGUUCGUGAGAUCGCACAAGAUUUCAAGACCGAUCUUCGUUUCCAAAGCUCUGCUGUGAUGGCGCUACAAGAAGCAAGCGAAGCUUACCUUGUUGGUCUGUUUGAAGACACGAACUUGUGUGCUAUCCACGCCAAGCGAGUGACCAUCAUGCCCAAAGACAUUCAGCUGGCACGACGAAUCCGUGGUGAACGAGCAUAAGUGUGAAAGACAAAUACAAACAAACGGCUCUUUUAAGAGCCACCAAUUUCUCAAAAGAAUACACACGAAUCUCGAUUUCAUAUUUUACUGCCUUCAUGACUUAAUUUUUUAUUGUUCGAGCACGUGAAGGGAAGUGCAAAAUUGCGUUCUAGAAUACUUUUGUAAACCUGUAUUGUUGCACUAUAUGCGGAAUUUCAAACCCUUGAUAUACAAAACAAUAUACCUGUACAGCAGUAAGUAUAGGUUAUUUUGAGGCAACAAGGGGAUAUGUGAUUUAUUCACCGAGGCGCGCAGCGCCGAGGUGAAUAAACACAUAUCCCCGAGGUGCCUCAAAAUAACGUACUUAUUUUUCACACUGCGAGGUCGCGUUAAUGAGUCAGAAAAGAAAUAAUUCUCAAUGCCAUAUUGCUUUUGCGAUGUUUUUUCUCAUUUUUUGUGCUGCAAAGACAUUGCAGGUGAAUAUUAGAGGGGAUUAUUAAUUGCAGGUGAAUAUUAGAGGGGAUUAUUGAACGGAAAUUGAUUAGAGGAGAAUAUUGAAUAUAUUCCCCGACAAGAACAAAGGAAACCGAGCAGGGUGAAAAAUAAGGGU